AUGGCACCCUCAUCAAACGCUCCGUCGCCUUUGAUGCCACGGUCGCCAUCGAAUAUAAAUGCAAACAUGUCGCCAUCAAAAGCAAAAUCACUCGCAAUGAGGAAAUCGAUAUCCAAACCUCAAUCUUCAGCUCCUGGCCCACCUGCUCACCGACCACCUGCAGACUUCGAUAUGGCCGAGCAGAUGAACGAGGAUAUCAGCGACAAGUAUGUCAAAGGAAAGAAACUGGGCGAGGGAACAUACGCCAUUGUCUACAAAGGACAUUUGAGAUCAGAUCCAAACACGCUUGUAGCCAUCAAAAAGUUCAAAGUCGACCCUUCACAGCAACGCGAGGGACUCAAUGUCGACACGAUCCGCGAGAUCAAAUAUCUCCAAGAAAUCUCACAUCCAAGCAUCGUUGCCUUGCUAGACGUAUUUUCCUCCAAGGACCAAAAUAUCAACAUGGUCAUUGAAUACUUUCCCAACGGCAACUUGGAAGAGCUGAUCCGCGACAAGACGGUGAGCUACGGUGCUGCCGAUGUCAAGGCGUGGAUGGGAAUGCUGUGUCGUGCUAUCUACUAUUGCCAUUCCAACUUCAUCUUGCAUCGAGAUAUCAAACCAAACAACUUGCUGAUUGCCGCGGAUGGGGAAGUGAAGCUGGCAGAUUUUGGUCUGGCACGUUCCUUUGGUGAUCCACGCUAUCAAAUGACUUCUGCGGUGAUCACGCUUUGGUAUCGUCCUCCGGAGUUGCUGUUUGGAGCGAGACAAUACAGUGGUGCGGUCGACAUGUGGAGCAUUGGGAUGGUCUUUGCGGAACUUCUCAUUCGGAGACCAUAUGCAGCAGCCGAUGUGGCUAAUCAAGAAGUGCUGGCGACGGGUGGAGGAACAGUCGCCCAGCUCGACAAAAUCUGCGAAGCUGUAGGAACACCAAACGAAGAGAACUGGCCAGGAGUUUCCAAAUUGCGGGACUAUUUCGACCUUGAAAAGAAAAUUCCGGUGCGCGAGAAGCCGUUCUACAUGCAAAUGUUCCCAACGGCAGGGGCGGUUGGCGUCGAUCUCCUCAUGGCAAUGCUACAACUUGAUCCACGGAAGAGAGUGACGGCAAGAGGGGCGUUGGAGCAUGAGUGGUGGAGGAUCGACCCUAGGCCGACCAGCAAGGAGAACCUUCCCAAGCAAGGCGGCGGCGCUUCGAAAAUGGCUGCUGCGGAAGUGGCCGCCCCAGGGUUUGUCGACGAGAACAAGUUCAAGGGCGUGGCGAAGAAGCUUGAUUUCGGAGCCGCAUAG